AGGUAGUCAUUGUGUUGGAAAGGUAACAUUAAAACAUGUUUAUGAGAUUGCAAAAGUAAAACAAGAGGAUCCUAAUUUACAGAUUCAAUCUUUAGAAAGGAUUUGUACAGGUAUCAUAGGAUCGUGCUUGUCAAUGGGAAUUGAAGUAGUGCGGGAAUUAGAUCCAGAGGAUUAUAGAGGUUUCUUGGAAAGAAGUUCAGAAGAAGCAAAAGAAAUACGGGAAGAAUUAAUAGCAGAAAAAGCGGGAUAUCGGUGAUAAAACAGACAUGCUAAAAUAGUGCUAUAAAAUAAGCAUCACAUUUUUCAUAUAAAAAAAUUUAGUUAUUGAAAUAAAGAGAUAAAUAAUAAUAAAAAAAAUAAAUGUAUUACAACAAUAUUUGACUUUUCUGAGCAUAUUCCUAGUUUCCUCUUCUGACUUAUUAAUAUUUAUAUAGUCUGGGGCGGAUGCAGGAUUUGGCUGUAGUUGGUGCGGAAAGGUGCACACCAUUUCAGCCCAUCAUGGUUGGGGCUGAGGUUAGAAAAUUUUGAGAAUAUUGCCCUCUAGAGUAAAGGUGAAUGGUGAUUU